AUGUUUACUGGUGAACUAAAGGACAGCCAAAAAGCAUUAAGCGGUAGCCAAGCCUUGGGCCUGAAUGAAUUGAUUCAUCCCCCUGGGUGUUCAGAUCCAAACUGUCUGUUGCCAUCUUGCAUUAACAUAAAGCUACGGAAGAAUCAUUUACAAACAUGCAGGAAGAAAAAGGGACGCUGUGAUAUUUGCAAAAUACUCACUAGCAAUCUCACAAGUGGACUGGUUAGUCCUUUCCCUGAACCCCCUGCUUUGCCGCCACCGAGGAGAAAAUUAGGAGGAACAGCGGCGACUCAAGGAGACGCCAAUGUGUCAGCUAGGAAUGGGCAGAAAAAAAUACUGCCUGAGCCAAAGUUCGUCAACGUGAGGAAGGAAACAGCCUCUUUUGAUUGCUUAAAGAAAAUCCCAGCACCACGAUAUGAGGGCCUCAGCAUGGCUAUUUUACCUUACGUUGACCGAAGUAGCAGUUUUCAGCCCCAAGGGCAAAAUACCGUACAACACAGUACCAAUCUUAAUGGCAAUUGCAAAUCAAUCCAAGCACUGCAAGAACAGGCGAUUCAGCAGCCAUUGGAGGUACUUUGCAACGCUUUGCAGGGUCUGAAUACCGUUAUACAGAUGGUGACGUCAAAUCAGCUGGAGAUAGAGGCCAUUCCAAUUUUUAAGCAGGCUCUUGCAAGUAUGGAAUCCACAGUCGCGAAACGUUCGAAAGGGAACGUCAUAACAAGGUCCUUUGACAACCCACGACCGAUGAUGAUGGACUGCUUUGAAAAUGGCACAGUGAAAGUGGAGAACCAGUGGGGUACACCUGUAGUAGAAGCAGAUAUACCAAUGCUGCAGUCGACGUCAUUACCCGCCUCGUUCAUAAUUCCAUCUUCGUCAACAUCGCCUACACCAUUAUCUGCAUCUUCCUCGUCAUCUUCAUCGUCGUUAUCGUCCACGCCACCAGUGACUCCUUCAUUAUGCGACGACGUUCUACCAGAAGCCAAUCUGAUGGCUGGAUGCUUCCAGGUGCAGCAGACUCCAAGUAAACCAAUGCUAACCAAGGAGUCUGUUGAAGAUGUUGGUGGGCACGACCUGAUGAACGAGUUCAGUUUCGAUCUGCAGGAUAUCAUUUUGCUGGAUUUUGCUGAAGAAUUGCUUGAAUAGGAUCUGCAUUUCAUUAGUAAGUAACCAUAAGUAAUCUAUACAAUCUUCUGAAUGAAGGAUAUUUAAUCAAGCACAGAAAUCAAGCCAUAGUCCCUGGACUGUAGCCUUGCUCUGUUGGGGUUAUAUCAGCUUCCAACUUCCAAAUUUAUUCUACAUCAGCCUUACCGGUGUUUGUAAGGCCCCAACUUAGAUAUUUAAAAUAGCUUGAAUAAGAAAUCAGUCUGAGUUGAGACUUAUCUUACAGCCUUUAUAAUUUUGGUUAUUAGCCUUGUACUACGGUUGUAAAAUGCGUUUUGGGGGCGCAACGACGGUGGAUAUCCGGCAGAUAGAUAUCCGAGAGAUGGAUUCAAGAAGUGUAAGGAACUUUCUGAGAAUGAUAAUAUGAACCGGAAUUUAAAUCGUGUAACAAAAAAUGAUCACCAUAAGGACGGUUCGUUGAAACUCUCAGGUCGAUCACAGUUAUGAUUUAAAGUUGCAAGUAAAACUAAAAUUUCCGGAAGGUAUAAUUAGGAUUUACCAUAUUUCCCUUUAGUUUGUCAACGCAUACAACUGUUAGCAAAGAAAAGCGUAAAACCUUUUUUUCCAAAAUAGAAAGCUGAAAACUAUUUUUUUCGUCAUUCUUAUCCCCUUGGACUUUUCAACUUAGGUAGGAAAUUAUUCUUGACAUCACUGUUUUGUCUCUCUGUCAGGAAAAGGGGGAGUCCAGUGAGAUCGGGCAGGGCCAGUCUCAACACAGGGACAUACGAAUGCAGUCUUCCAAGCUGGAUUGGAAUGAUGGCUAUUUCAAUGUUCCUUCUUAUGAGAGUAGCACUUGAGUUGAUAUAGAGAGCAUCCAUUUCGGAGACUUACUAUCAUUUUUUCAAUAGAAAUUUAGAACACGACUCCAAACACCAUUUGAAUAACGAAAGUGGAGAUGGUGUUUCGCCAUACGAACUGACAAAUUGGUUACCAGGCAACCCUCAGGAUGAAAUCCAAAUGACUUUAGAUACUGCACCAGUGGGCGCACUCUUCCACGGUAGAUUGCGAUUACAUGCUUGUUUUGUUAGACGAAACACAUGAAAGAACGUACUAAGAUAGCAUCGACUCAGAUAUGUGCUUCAGCGUAAAUGAUGCACUGGGCCUUGAUGAUGUCUUUGACGUUCAGGAAGAAAUGGGUCCUGUCGAGUAUCUGCCGAUGGAUGCAUCCGCCACAACUCAUCAUGCUAACGAUGAUCUGUCCAAUUAAUUCACCUCCAACAGCUUGUACCUGCUGUUCAUCUCUAACACUUAAAGCUCAGAUAUUUGCAAUGUAGCUCAGAAUAUCAAUAUGGAUUCCGUUAAAUUUCUCCAAAACCCCUCCCGUGGAUUGGUAACAGUAGCUAGAAUGAUUUGUGAGUUACUUUCCAAACCAAAAUCAGAUUACUUAGCGUUUACUCUUGUUUGUACGCUUGACAAUGCCUUAAAGGAAAUGGAAGACGCUUAUACUUACCCCCUGUUCAAACCGCCUGCGUGUGAAAGAGGUAAGAAACAAUUCAGCUCUGAUAUCAAGAGAAAUUAUAAAAUAAUUCAAAUAGUACGCGCGCUCUGAUUGGCCAUAAAACCAUUUUACAUGAGCGUAUGUAAACACGGUUUUCGUUCCUCUUUCAUUAGUUAUUUUAUAAAAGAAAUGUAAAAUGGUUUCCGUGUUUACAUAGCCUGAUGUAAACACUUGGGAGGUUGGGAGAACACGAGAUAAGCGUAGGAAACCACAACGCAAAGCUGGUUUCCAGCUUAUCAAGUGUUCUCCCAACCUCCCGCGUGUUUACAUCAGGCUAUGUAAACACGGAAACCAUUUUACAUUUCUUCAAUGUUAAAAAAAUGGCAAAACAAGCUUAGGGUCACCCGGCUUUGCAUGUUUUUGGUCUUUCCUCGGCUUUAAGGUCCUAAUCUUUGUCAGCUUUUUUAAAGAAGCCAUACAGCCUACCAAUUUUGUAGAUUGAACCGCAAUGAUGGAUGGUAUAAGAGAUAUUGUCCAACAUCAGAGGAAAACAAAAGGUCUCCUAAUUUUAUGAUAAGUUGAUUUUAGCGUCAUCGUCUGUGAGAAAAUUUGAUUUGGAUGUUACAAGUAUAUUUUGUCUUGAUUUAACCUGGAUGAAUGAAAACCAUUAUUUUCAAAAUUAUAUCAAGUUGGGUGGUUGGUUGUAUACUAAUAGCUUUAGAUAACUGCGUGAAUGCAAUCAAAUCUUUUCAUUGUUACGUACAAGGAUGGUGACAUACGCAUUUGGCGAAGAAAAAUAUCUUUCGCUGCACUAAAAUUGACGGAAGGGAUCGGUACAAAUUAUAGCCAGACUAACACUAAAAAAACUGGACUUGUAAAGGAAGACACCAGGCACCGAUGUCGUGUGUUGCUGCUGUAUUUUGAUGAGAUCCAGAAUAUUGUACUGUUGUUUAAAACCUUGCUAUUUUGUUAGCAAUUCAAGGUGAAUCACUAGAUACUUAUGAUUAUCAUAAUGGAAAAUUAAUUGCAACAUUUUAAUAAACGAGGUAAUCGUUAAGAUAAAAAACUUAAAAAUUUAAAAUAUAAUUACGUCGCAUAACAACGGUAGCACUCUGCAUACCCUUCACUAUCUCGAUCGGUACUGCACAUGCUCUACUGCUGUAUAGAACAAUAAAAUGGAAACUUGC